AUGUCUGGGCUCAAUCUGAACUCAUGGACGGAAAAUGCGUCUCGCCUAGGGAUGCGCCUUCAGGAGACCCUCUCCGAACACACCAAAGACCUUGCGCUCACGCGCGGCGGCGGCGCCGCGUACUUUGACACUGGCGAGGACAAAGUGCGUAACAUACGCAAGCAGCUCGACUCGAACAGCGACCGCGAGAAGCUCGAGGCCAUGAAGCGCCUCAUCGCAAUGAUCUCGAAGGGUCGCAAUGUCUCCGAAUUCUUCGCCCAGGUCGUCAAGAACGUCGCUGUCUCGAACAUUGAAGUCCGCAAGCUCGUCUAUAUUUACCUCCUCCGCUAUGCCGAAGCAGAGCCCGACCUUGCCCUCCUCUCCAUCAACACCUUUCAACGUGACCUCGCGGACAGCUCUCCCCUCAUCCGUGCUAUGGCCCUCCGCGUUCUCUCUGGCAUUCGCGUGCCUAGCAUCGGCGCUAUUGUCGUUCUCGCCAUCAAGAAGUGCGCUGCCGAUCCCAGCCCGUACGUUCGCAAGGCCGCGGCGCUCGCCAUCCCCAAAUGCUACAGCCUCGAUAGCUCCCACCUCCCCUCCCUCAUCCAGGUCCUCUCCACCCUCCUCCGAGAUCGAUCUCCACUCUCCACCGGCUGUACCGCCGUCGCCUUUGAUUAUGUCUGCCCAACUCGCCUCGACCUUAUUCAUCCGCACUUUCGCCGUCUCUGUCGUCUUCUUGUCGACGUCGAUGAAUGGGGUCAGAUUGACCUCCUCGAUCUCCUCGUGCGCUACGCUCGCACGAUGCUCCCGCGCCCUUCGCUGCUGAGCGAUAAUAAGAAUAUGGGCGAGGAAAUCGGUCAGGAGGAGGAAGUCGAUCCGGACCUGGUGCUGCUGUUGAAGUCGGCGGAGCCGCUUUUCCAGUCGAGGAAUCCUGCGGUUGUGCUGUCUGUAUCUCGCGCGUUCUACUACCUCGCCCUGCCACCACACCAUCACAAGGUAGUGCGUCCUCUCCUCCGGCUCCUCGGCUCCUCGCCCCAAGUCGAGCGUGUCGUGCUGGCGUACAUUCUCUCCAUCGCGCGGACAUCGCCGCACCUUUUUGCGCCUUAUUACGCCUAUUUCGUCGUGCGCGCGGACGACAGUGUACACGGCAAGGCCGACAAGGUACGCCUCCUGGAGCUGUUCGUCAACGCGGAGAACCACCAGGCACUGUUGCGCGAAUUCAUCGACUACGCAGAAGAUGUGGACGACGCGCUCGUCGCAGGCGCGAUACGUGCGAUAGGGCAUACAGCGCGCGUAGUGCCGGGGUCGACGCAGCAAUGCCUCAACGCGCUCUUGACGUUUAUUAAGAGCAGACACGACGUCGUCGUGACCAACGCUGUACUCGUCCUCAAGUCCCUUGUCCAAGCUCAACUGCACCCCUCCUCCCAGCAAUCGACUUACAACGCGGCGUCGGCGUCGGCGUCGGCAUCGCCGCUCACGAUCGUUGAGCGCCUCGCAUACAGAAUCGACGAGAUUCGCCACCCUCAGGCGCGCGCGUGCGUGUUGUGGCUCGUGGGGCAGUAUGCGGCAGACGGGACCCAAAAGGGGUCGGAUUCAUUGCUGGGAAGGGGGGGGGAAGGUGUCGAAGGCAUCGCAUUCUGGGCGCCGGAUGUUUUGCGGCGAACAACAAAGUCGUUUUGCGAAGAGACCCCAUUGGUAAAACUGCAAGUCAUAACGCUCGCCGCAAAGCUCCUCGUCCUCGCGCCGGCAGACCGCACGCUCGGCCUCCUCGCGCGCUAUGCCUUCAGCCUCGCCCGGUACGACCUCAGCUACGACGUGCGCGACCGCGCGCGGAUGCUCCACGCCCUCCUCUCGGGCAUCGUGCCGAGCCUGCGCCUCGAGGGCACUAACGGCAGCGAGGAUGGCGCAGACGAGGACCAGGAGGACGUGCACGGCGCACGGGGCGGCGUCGUGCUCCGGCGCGAGCAGAUACGCGUCGUACUCUUUGAGGGGAAAGCCGGCGUGGUUGAGAGCGACGGGGGUCCAGAUGACGAGCGCGCGAUGCUGGGCACGCUCACGCUCAUCACGGGCCGCGACAUGCGCGGCGACCGCUUGCUCCCCGACUGGCUCGAGCAGGGCGCCGAGCCAUCCCUGCGCGAUGCCGAGGACGACGUGCCCGCGUCCGCGCCGGCGCCGACGGCGUUGGGCAACUACGCGACGCCCCGGGCGAUGGCGGCGGCGGCUGCCAGUGGGCCGGUGGUGUUGACGCCUGUGACGUCGGGAGGGCCGUCGCCGGUGGGGAGCGUGCCGAAGAAGGGAGCGUGGCAGGAUCUAGAUCAAUUCUAUGCGGAGGAGGAAGCGGAGAGUGAAGAGGAGUCAGAGGAGUCAGAGGAGGAGGGCGAAGAGGACGAAGGGGGCGAAGAGGGCGAAGAGGAGGAAGAAGGCGAAGAGGGCUACAGUGGGUUUCGUCCCGAGGAAAGCGAAGAGGAGGACGAUACCGAGGGAGAAGACGAGCAGGAGGAGGAAGGCCAGGAGAGCCGGCUGCUCGACCCACGGCGAUAUUUAUGAUAUCCAACUGUGCCCGAUUGCCAUGACUCUAUUCCUGGUCUCGUAGGGAGCAGGUCUCAUCCUGUUUCAUUCCAGCUAUUUCGUGAUGUGUCGCCUGAAAAUUCAUUCGCAGUGACGAGGUGUCGGUCGUGAGUGUACAUAAUAGCGGUAGAGGCUAGGCCAGGACUGACACAAUCUGCAUUGC